AUGGCAGUUCGAUUAUUUCCCAGGCUGAAGGAACGGCCUGUGUCUUUGUUAUCUCUUGUUAGAAUGAAUGUUUGUCUUCGUGGUCCAGCAGUUGAUCCGUCAGUGGAUCCGUCAGUUGAGCCAUCAGUUGAUCCGUCAGUUGAGCCAUCAGUUGAUCCGUCAGUUGAGCCAUCAGUUGAGCCAUCAGUUGAUCCGUCAGUUGAUCCGUCAGUUGAGCCAUCAGUUGAUCCGUCAGUUGAGCCAUCAGUUGAGCCAUCAGUGGAUCCGUCAGUUGAGCCAUCAGUUGAUCCGUCAGUUGAGCCAUCAGUUGAUCCGUCAGUUGAGCCAUCAGUUGAUCCGUCAGUUGAGCCAUCAGUUGAUCCGUCAGUUGAGCCAUCAGUUGAUCCGUCAGUUGAGCCAUCAGUUGAUCCGUCAGUUGAACCAUCAGUUGAUCCGUCAGUUGAUCCGUCAGUUGAGCCAUCAGUUGAUCCGUCAGUUGAGCCAUCAGUUGAUCCGUCAGUUGAGCCAUCAGUUGAUCCGUCAGUUGAGCCAUCAGUUGAUCCGUCAGUUGAGCCAUCAGUUGAUCCGUCAGUUGAGCCAUCAGUUGAGCCGUCAGUUGAGCCAUCAGUUGAUCCGUCAGUUGAUCCGUCAGUUGAGCCAUCAGUGGAUCCGUCAGUUGAGCCAUCAGUUGAUCCGUCAGUUGAUCCGUCAGUUGAGCCAUCAGUUGAUCCGUCAGUUGAUCCGUCAGUUGAGCCAUCAGUUGAUCCGUCAGUUGAGCCAUCAGUUGAUCCGUCAGUUGAGCCAUCAGUUGAUCCGUCAGUUGAGCCAUCAGUUGAUCCGUCAGUUGAGCCAUCAGUUGAUCCGUCAGUUGAGCCAUCAGUUGAUCCGUCAGUUAGCCAUCAGUUUCAGUUGAUCCGUCAGUUGAGCCAUCAGUUGAUCCUCGAGCCAUCAGUUGAUCCGUCAGUUGAGCCAUCAGUUGAUCCGUCAGUUGAGCCAUCAGUUGAUCCGUCAGUUGAGCCAUCAGUUGAGCCAUCAGUUGAUCCGUCAGUUGAUCCGUCAGUUGAGCCAUCAGUUGAUCCGUCAGUUAGCAUGCCAUCAGUUGAUCCGUCAGUUUUCAGUUGA